GAAGGCUACCUACGUUUGGGGUUUUAAGCAGCUCGGGGAGUGGGGCAAGCAUCCAUUUGCGGGGCGCUGACGGGAAUGCGGGAAAUUUGGAUCUUCAGGAUCAUUCAUUGAAUCCCGCCUUACCUCCAGAAGCUCAAGCCAGCCCUGUGAGAGAGAGAAGGUUGAGCGAGUUGGACGAAUUCGGGGCGACCAGUGCAUUUCAUGGCUGAAACCGAGCCUGCCUCUUGCUGGCUCACUCAUGCAGGCUAGGAAAAGAAAAGGAAGAGAUUAGGUUGCUAAUAAAGGUUGGUAUCGGUGAAUACAGCACUAAGCGGAGUCAGUUGUCACGGAUUUACUGAGCAAACAGGAGUAGCUAAGUACUGUGAGCAAGGGCUGAGAAGAGGAGAAGGACUGGCUUCCACCCAGAGAGCAGGCUCCUUAUCUGCCCUACUGAGAGAAGCUGAGGGACGCGCUGGAGCCCCCACCCACCCAGCCUGACCUUAGUAUGUCUGCCAGCGGUUGUAGUUUCGCAGAUCGAUGCGUGUCUGUGCUGUUCUGCAAGUUCUGCCAACAAGUGCUUAGUUCUCGAGGGAUGAAAGCUGUGCUCCUGGCUGAUACAGAGACAGAUCUCUAUUCCACAGACAUGCCUCCCAUCAGCACUGUUGACUUCAUUGGAAACUGCUAUUACACAGAAAUCUGCAAAUGUAAACUAAUGAAUGUUGCUUGUUUGAAAUGUGGUAAUGUUGUAGGCUACCAUGUGAUUGCUCCAUGCAAAUCUUGCUUGUUCUCUUGCAACAAUGGACACUUCUGGAUGUUUCACAGUAAGGCCGUUUUUGGAAUCAACAGAUUUGAUUCAUCUGGUACAGACUUCUUGCUUUGGGGCAACUUACCAGAUCUACAGGAAGGUACUGAUGAAGAUCUAUCCAGCAUCUCUGAGGAGGAAUAUAUCAGAUAAAUAUUAUCUGCAGUGCACUACAUGGUGUGUUUCUCAUAUUCACAAGAAGUAUAAAGCACUGAUCCCAGGAAGACAGUACAAAAGGAAGAAGAAAAAAAACACUUCAAAGGUUGAUACCUGUCAUCUAAAAUUAUCUGAUCUAGUAAGCAUCCUGCUACAUGAUGAGACUAAUAUGUAAAGAUGAGAAUACAGCUCUUUCUUGUUCACUUUCCAGAGAGACACUAUCUACGUGCAUAUUUGGCUUCUGAAGUCAUUUGAUUUUACCUGUUUCCUAAAAAACAGAAUUAUGAUAAACAAUAUCAAAGAAUAAGUUCCACACCCUCAUCAAUUCUGGGUAUUUUAAGAUAGAUCUAGUAGCCAUAUAAGAAAAAAAAAAUCCUGUAGUGCUUGAUAGGUGGAUAUUAUCUCCUGGCCUGCAUGGCUUCCUUUUUUCUGGGCCGGAGCCUAUGCAUGACCUCUCUUUGGUGGCCAUAUUUAAUGUUAUUGCCCAAGGAGCUGGCAGUACAGAUUCUCCUAUUGGCAGCCUUCCAGUUUCAGGUGUUAGUAUUAGAGAGGGGUAAUAGAGAGCUCUUAAAUGUAGACCUGUUUGCACAUGCUGUGUGAUUGUUGAGCUCUGCUAGGUUAGCUUUCAAGGAAACCUGAUAGUGACUUUUAACUGCCAGGGCACAUGAGAGCAACAAAUGUGGAGAUAUAGCCUGGGAACUGGCUUAUUUCCCUGCUUCUAAUGGAAAGAGAAGUUGCAAGGAAACAGUAACAAAAGAACUGGAAAGCCCUACUUUUGUGUAUGUGGGACAUAAUAAUGCACAUGAGUAACAAAAUGAUUUAAAACUAAUGCCUAAGAGGCACCAUCUCUGACUUCAGAUAUUUCUAAAGUUCUUUGCAAGAAGAGAAAACCAGGGAAUGUGAUGCUGGAAAGGAGUUUUAUAAAUGCAGGGCCAGCUUCAGUAAUAUAUUCUUCUGACUUCUUUAUUGCUGGCACAAGAGUAUUCUUUUGUAGCUAGUGGUAUAGAAUCUUUUGGAAAGAAGGCAUAGCUUGAAUUGAGUAUUCUAAGUCAAAAGCAGCAGCUAGAUAGCUACAAGUAGAACAGUCUAUUCUUUCCAAAUUGAUGAAAUAUUAUCUGGAUUUUUUUAAAAGAGAACUAAUGUACUUUUGGGAAGAAAAGUAUUGUGUAAUUAUGUUCAAGCUGUUUUAGGACUUUCAGUGCUCUAGUUUAUAGGUCACUUUAUGAGCCUAGGAUAGGUCCAGUGCCAUUUCUAGGAACUGAGUACGUAAGUUUAAAUCAACUUUUAUUUACUUGAAUGGGAUGAUCCAAAUGCACAGGGGCCAGAUUAUGCAAGAGAAAUAUUUGCUGCUUGUUUUUAUUGUCAUUUAUGUUUGCUUGCGAGAUAACCUUGGAAAAAUGGUGGUAAACAUACUGUUUGAAAUCUACUGUUCUAAACCCUGAAAAAAGCACAUACUCCACCUUUGAUAGUUCUGGGAGUCUUGGCCACUCGGCAGCUACCUACCAGUUGCAAUACCCUAUAUUCUGUUUGCUAUGUGGUACCACAUGUACAGAAUUCCAAAACUGGAGAGCCUUAUAUUUUUUUUUAAACUAGUUUUCAACUAAUAACAUUCCCAAUAUGAUGUGAACAAAGAGAAAUGAAAUUUCAAAGCCAAGCAGAAAGUCCUGAGUGGAAUUAACUCUUAUUUGGUUCAGAUUGGUUGUGUGUUGUCCUUGGCUUUCUGCUGGAAGAGAAGAUGUGAGGCCACCAUCACUCAUUAUAGCCAGUUCCAUUUUCCAGUUACUCCAACCUGCUGGAAUUAACUCUAUGCCCAUUUCUCCCAUGGAGAACAGCCUCCAGGCCCCAGAUCAGAGCUUCAACUGCAUCUCCUGUUUGGCCCAGGGACUGAAAUAUACAACUCAGUAUCAUUAGCAUAAUAGUGAUACUUGACUUUAUGCCAGUAGAUGACCUUUCCCAGUGUUGAAAGAGGGGUGAGAGAGUUUGGCCUUGUGGUACUUUCUACCACCAAUUAGAGCAGAAAGGAGAACCAUAGUGCUUCCCACUCCCAUCCUUCAAGGAUGAGCCAGAAAGAGAUCAUGAUCAAUGGUAUUGAAGGCAGCUGAGAGAUCUAGCAGGACCAGGAGUUCAUACUCCCUCCAUCUCAGUCCCACCACAAGUAAUCCACAGAAACAAUCAAUGUAGUUUCAGUUCCAUUUUCAGGCCUGAAACCCAAUUUAAAAGGGUCCAAAUAAUCUGCUUUAUCUAGGGCUUUCUGCAACUGUAGACACAUGAACUCCUUGUAGAACAGCCAGAAAUUAUCUAGAAAUAAAACUCAAAGAGACAAUUAUUUUUUUCUUCAUCAUUAAAUUCAGUGGGACUUAAUUCUCAGUAAACAUACUGGAUAGCACUGACAGAGCAGUAGAACUGUUUUAAAGAGAGAAAGAGAACCUAUACAAUUCAAUUUAAAUCAAUGGCACAAAAGCAUUUAGGUCAGUUGUAUCUUUAGUAUUCAGCUUUGCCUUGUUAGGUCUUUUAGGAGUCACCAAAAUUUCUACUAAAUUUCCCAAGAUUUGAUGGUCAUAACACAAUGUAAUGUAGAUUCAUGGAAUGGUAUGGCAGAAGCCAUGUGAAUAAAAAGGUCAAAACAAAGGAACGGGAGUGGUUAAACCUAUGCAAUAACCAGUUAAUAUUUAUUCCUCACCUUUUUAAAAUAAUUUAAAGAUUAAAUAUUUAAGCU